UUAACAUCAAUUUUAACAAGAUUGAAGAGUUGAAAUAAUAUGAAUAUGUUUUAAAAACUGAUGAAGAAAAACCUUUUCGAAAAUGUCUGUAAAAUGUAACAACAAAAAGUGAUGAUGAAUACAUUAGGACACCUCUACAUUUAUUGCAGUUUAAAUUGGCUGAAAUUACACAGAAUAGUAUCACUUCAGUACUUUCAAAGAGGUUUGCCUUGUUUAAAGCUCAGGGAUUUAGUUUGGUGCUCUCAUGACUGUUGAAAUGAGAGUAAACACCAUGGUGAGAUUGAGACAGGUGUUUCUUAGACAGUGAGAACGUAGAUCAGGCUAACUAACACUUUACCAACACGCUGUUGUUAGCCUAGCACUUCAGCAAACGGCUCCGCACAGGCAUAUUGUCAGCAGACACAAAACGAGAAGCUGCUGAAAAAGGCAGCGUCUAUGCUGGUUGCUGAAAAUGCAGAGAAAGAACUGGAGAAGGAAAGAGUUGUGAAUGAGACUGUUCCUCCUCUAAAGCUGUCAGGCCUGUCUGUCCAGGAGCUCCAGGAACUUUGCAAAGACUUACACCAGAAGCUAGACGUUGUUGAUGAGACGCGUUAUGACAUGCAAGUUAAAGUCACCAAAAAUGAGAUUGAGAUUGUGUCACUGAAACAGAAGAUCAUUGAGCUGAAGGGUAUGAAGAAGCCCAGCCUGAAGAGGGUGAAGAAAACCACAGACGACAUGCUGGGUGCAUGCACGGAUGCUUCCAAACUGAAGAAGGCCGACUUCAAGGCUAAACUCAAGACGGUGAAAAAAGAAGAUGAUAAGAAGGAAGAAGUGACCGACUGGCGAAAGAAUGUGGAGGCCCUCUCUGGCAUGGAGGGCAGGAAGAAGCUAUUUAAUACAGGGCAAUGAAACAAUACACAUUUUAUAAAGUUAUUGUUAGUCAUUUCUAAAUGCUAACGUAACAGCUUGUAAGUGUUGAAUCUAAGCGUAUUUCUCUGACUGAAACCAGAAUUAUUGUGUGUUUGAAAAGUUCGAAAUUUUAUGCUGAAAUAAAGUGAUUACAACAAUGUUUAGUCAUGAUUAAAUGUAAAUUAUGCUAUACCUGCAGGAAUAAUAGCGGUAAUGUAAUGCAAAUUGAUUGUGAUAAAAUAAUAGUUUUAUGCAUUAGGAGUUUUAUGCAAUGGAAGUGCAGUAUUUGUAAUCGACAGAUGAUGGUGCCGUCUCCCUAUUUGUGAUACACAUAAAGCUGAAUAAAGCACAAUGACCAAA